UUCAAUUUUCUGUCGAAAGAUUACAAGUGGGAAUAUCUAGAACAAAUGUUAAAAUAUUUCAUGGACUCGGGACGUGCGAAAUACUGUCAAAUUUGACCUCUGCGCGGAUUUUAUUGAUUACUGGAAAUAAAAUCAGGGAAAGGGCCAUUCUUUGCAGACAUAUAGCAAUGAAAAGUGUUUCCAGCUUGGUCGUUGCGGUGUGUAUGGUAGCAUUCGUGGAAGGGUCUAGUAUACAAAAUGUCGUAGAAGUCAGGACCCCAUCAGGAUGGGUGAGAGGUUACGAAGAAAUCUACAAGGAGGAACAAGUAUACAGAUUUAUUAAAAUUCCAUACGCUCAACCUCCAGUUGGAGAAUUACGUUUCCAGAAAACGAGACCGAUCAAAGAAUGGACAGACGUUAAGGGAAUUAGAGACAUAAAUGCUCCUCAAUGUCCACAGAUAGACAAUCCUAUCCCAGGUAUAGAUAAAUUGGAAAACGACGAGGAUUGUCUGUAUCUAAAUGUGUAUGUACCAGGGAAAAUUUCUAAGGACAAAGAUCUAUCAGUAAUGGUUUGGAUUCAUGGCGGAGGAUUUAUUACGGGCGGGGCAAGUCAAUAUAAACCUCAGAAAAUUGUUGUAGGAGGUGGUGUCAUCGUUGUUACCAUCAACUAUAGAUUAGGAUUUUUAGGAUUUUUGACCCUGCACGAUCCGUUGGUACCAGGGAACUACGGUCUCUGGGAUCAAAUUCAAGCACUUCGCUGGAUUCAGGAUAAUAUUGCAGCUUUUGGUGGAAAUCCUAAAUCUGUGACUAUAUUUGGAGAGUCAGCAGGUGGAAUGAGUGUAAGUCUUCAAACACUGAUUCCUUCUAAUGAGGGACUUUUUCAAAGAGCCAUUUCCCAGAGUGGAGUUGUUUCGUUCUACGCGUUAGCAAGGAGGAAAGCUGAAAAACAUACAAAUGAAUUGUUACUGAAAAAGACGAAUUGUGACAGAGGAAACUUGUCAGAAACGCUUAAAUGUCUUCGGGAACUACCGGUCGAUAAUAUAACAAAUUCAGUUGGCAUGGCAGACUUUAUGAAUCCUAGUAAUAUAACCGUUGAAGUUGGGAGUAUGGUUCCAACUGUUGAUGGUGAUUUGAUUAAGGAAGAUCUAGCAUAUCCAAAAUCUUGGGACAGCGAAGUCUACAAUUUCUUUCGAAGCAUUGAUUUUAUGUCAGGAACUUUGGAUGGUGAAGGGAACAUGGGGGUGUUUAUCAUUCACCCUAGUCUUAUUGAGAAAAUGAAUAUCAACGUGUCAGAGUCUGUCCCAAAAACCAUUUUAUGUGACUAUAUGGCUGCAAAGUUUGUUGAUACAGCAGCCGGAAACAUCCCCUCCCUGACUCAAGAAAUAUGUGACUAUUACACAGCUGAAGACGUUGAUGAACAGAGUAACAAAGUGUUAGAGUUUAUUGGAGACUCGUGGUUCAUUGUUCCGAGCAACAUCAUGUUAUCCAUCCACGCGAACAGCAACGAAAAACGUAACACUUUCCAGUAUCUUGUUACCAGACCUACCCCCUUCCCUCUUCUUCCAUUUGAAAUACCAUCUUGGAUCAAGGGGGCAGGUCAUGGUGAGGAGCUACAUCUAUUGUUCAUCAUGUCACAUGAGCAAGUUUCAGAGGAAAAACUGAAAACAAUAGACCUCAAUGCCAUUGACAGGUUGUCAAAUGAUGUCAUUCAGUACUGGACCAAUUUUGCAAAGUUUGGAAAUCCGAAUUCCGACGAAGUUCCUGAAUGGCCUUCUUACGAUUCUAGAGAAGAACAAUACGUCAUCAUUGAUACUCCUUUUAAGAAAGGGGCCCAUCUAAAAUCUGGAGCUACAGAUCUGCUUAAUAGAAUUCUUGCUAAAGGCAAUCCAGGUGCAAGACAUGAUGAGUUAUAAGCGAUUAAAUCAAAAGCGAUAAAAUAAUAAAAUUUCUGUAUAUUGUUGAAAGUUUGGUCAUUUAUUAGAAUUUAUUUACAUUAGAAUCGAGAUGAGACUUUACCAUGACACCCACUGGAAACGAUUUUUUAAAUAAAUGAGUUGCACUGAACUUGAAUGGGCAUGGUAUUGUACCGGUGUAACAAAGAAUUUUGACCCGGCAUGAAAAUAUUCCCGGAGGUCAUUUUUCCACGUUGAAUUUUGAGACCAAAGGUGUUGAAUAAGGACCCUAAUCCGUUGAAAAUUGACCCGCAUCGUGGAAUUUUGAUCAUGAAACCGGUUCAAAAUUCAACAGCAAAGAAGCACAAAUUAACGAAUCAACAUUCAUAAAUUCAGUUUAUUUAAUUAAAAUUUAUCAGUUUUUUACAUAUUUAUUCUUUAGAUUUACAUGUUUCGGGGGGGGGGGGGAGAUUUAAAUUAUUAUUUUUUUUAAUAUACAUUUGUACAUAUUAUCCCUUUAAAUAUGUAAUAACUUUUUAUCAUCAUAAACUUUUCGUUUUAAAUUCACCCAGUUAAUUGAAACUUUGAAAUUGUUUUUUGUAAAUUUUCUGGGUGGGUGUAAAUACACAAUUUACGGUAUGUCAAAUUAAUAUUUUUGCGUUUUCACUCAUGCACUCAAUUUAUUAAAACUGUGACUAUCUGAAUUUUGUAUUCACACCCAUCCAGCCAAUAACAGUUCACAAAAUGAUGAUACGCUAACAUGUACUUUUUCAUGAACAAUGCUGUACAUAGUAAAUAUAUAUCUUUAAAGCCGAUA